ACAUCUGAAGCUGAUGACAUCAUUUCCGCAUGAUUCUUUUAAACCUGUUUUAAGCGCAUUAUUAAAGUCGCCUCACACUGACGAAGCUUCUAAUGUGCAGCUAAGGAGCAAAACAAUCAGGGUGGCAGAAGAUUAAGACAGACACACUAUGAGGAUGAAAGUCUUCAUUUUCCUGGUGGUGAAUGUGGCAGUUUCAUCAGCAAUCCCCACAAAGCCAAAUGGACCAAUGAUAGUGGACAUUGGAGAAGACAAAGACAUUCCAGAAAUAAACAAGGAUUUACCUGAUGAUAUCUUGGAGAUGCUUUUCAUAUAUUGGGCGAGUUUUUGCCAGUGGACAGGUCCUCUCCAUCGGGAGAUUUUGUGAUAGGUUAGCCACUGUUGAACAUGAGUUUCUCCAUGCCCUCGGCUUCUACCAUGAACAAUCCAGAUACGACAGAGAUGAUUAUGUAACGAUUGCACUUGAAAACAUCAUAAAAGGUCGUGAGCAUAAUUUUCGCAAAGUUAGCAGUGAAGACGGCACCACCCAGGGAGUCCUUUAUGACUACCUCUCAGUGAUGCACUAUGGCAAAAAUUUUUUCUCCAAUGGCAAUGGAUCAACAGUUAUCACCAAAGAUCCAAAGUUCCAGGAUGUGAUUGGUCAAAGGCUGGAAAUGAGUCCCCGUGAUGUUAUGGAGCUGAACCUACUCUACAAAUGCAAUUCAUCCAUUGCCUUUAAGAUUUACUGUGGCUUUUCUGAAGAGACUAUCUGUGACACGAGCCGCUGUUCACGCACUGGUACUGGCUGGGAAAGAGUACAACAUGUUAGUGGGGGUCCUACUGCUGACCACACCAGUCUACCCAAUGGAAAUAAUGAUCAAGGUCAAGGUUCAGGUCACUUCAUGCAUGCUAGCACAGCAUCAGGUCAGGAGGGAGACUCGGCCUGGCUGGAGACCCAGAGGAUGAGUCUCAACAGGGAGUGUCCCAGCCAGUGCCUCCAGUUCUACUAUUACCACAGUGGGAACCAGUCAGACCAACUCAACAUCUGGAUGAGAGAGUUUCAAGAUGAACAGGACUCCACAGGAACCCUCCGCCUCAUGGCACAGAUCACUGGGACACCAACAUCUCACUGGCAGCUCCAGCAUGUUCCUCUGAAUGCCACCAAGAACUUCCAGGUGGAGUUUGAGGUUCGUAAAGGACCAGGGAACUCUACGGGUGGCUUCUCAAUUGAUGACAUCAAUCUGUCUGAGACAGAGUGUCCACAUCUAACCAUGCAGAUGGAUGAGUUUGAGAAGGUUUUGAACACAACUAAAUAUUCAGACAUUAAAUACAGCCGACGGCAGUACUCCAGAGAGGGCUAUGCUUACAGGAUAGCAAUAACAUUUGACAGAGAAUUCUUUGGAAUGCGUGUGCAACUUGUGUCUGGUGACUAUGAUGACCAGCUGGAGUGGCCUUGCCCAUAUAGACAGGUGACUGUUAAAAUGCUGGAGCAGAACCCCAACAUACAGCUGCAGAUGUCAAAGGAAAGGAGUCUCACCACUGACCCAAACUGGAAUGAUGGGAAUGGUACCUACUACUGGGACAAUCCCCGUAAGAUUGGAACUGAAGUUACAGAUGAAUAUAAUGAGACAUUCUUUGCUGGAUUUCGGAUUGGCUGGAACAAUCUGGCAUCUUUGGAAGAACUUCAAUCCAGAGAGUUCCUCAAGGGAGGGAGUGCCAUUUUUGUUUCCAGUUUCCAAGAUCUCACUCCUCUUGUAAAUGGAAGUGCGCUUCCAUGUCCUCAGAUCCCAACAGUGAAGAUUACAACUCUGCCCCAAGCUCAGGAUAAUGGCCCAUGUUCACGGAACUCAGUCACCACUCCUACUCCUCCUACAACAGAUGACAGCAUUUUUGGCUUCUCUCCUGGCAUGGUGGCUUCUCCAUUACUCACCUUCCUGCUUACACUGAUGCUUUUGACUCCUUGAUGUCCAGAUAUCGAUGCCGUCAUCUCACCUCUUUACAAGAACAGCACCAGCAUAUAUGCUGAAUUGCUUUAAGGUUUCAGAUUAUUAAAAGAAAUUAAAAGAGAAGGACACAAUGGGCAAUGGAUACUGAUCAGGGACACACAGGUUUACUGAACACUGUAUGCCUAUUCAAUGUUUCACUUUCUGUGGUGGGCCCGUUUUAUUUUGUUGAUUGGUGUAUUUCAUUGCUUCUAUUUUUUGUAUCUACAUAUAUACGCUCGUAAACAAAGUGUGCUUUUAAUAUCAUGGGCUUGGAAAUAAAAAAAAAAAUUACACUUUAACCACGACUCACAGUAAAAUGUGCAGAAUUUACCAAAUAGACUGGUGAACAUUCAGAGUUCCGAGACAUAAAACCAAAUGAUCUGAAUGUGGAUACUAUGCUUUGAGAAAAAGAACAUUACAGAACUUAGUGAAGUGUCAUUUAAAACUAGCAGCAGGAACCGGGAAUAUUAAAUCUCUUCUUCCUGGAAAUGACACGACACUUCAGACAAAUGUUUUGUUGUUGUUUCAUGACUGCUGAGAAAAUGUUUUUCUAUUGGAGUUUUACAUGGACAAGGAACUGCCAGUGAUGGAAAUGAUGUGCCAAUUCCUCUCAACAACCAGAUGUCCUGAGCAUGUCAUGGGUCUGUGUCUGUCUUUAAUUUUGUGAUCAUGUCUUGUGUUGCUGUUUUAUUUUGUCAAGUUUCUUAGUUUCCUGUCUGUCGUACCUCCUUGUGGUUUUGUCAUGUCUGUGUCAUGUUGUGUUUCCUGUUUUAUUUUGUUAAGUUCUGGAUUUCCUGUCUGUGUUUCCUCGUCUGUCUCUUGAUUAUUAAUUGGUUUCUCCUGGUGUCUUUGUCCUGAUCCAUUUCACCCGUGUCUUGUCAUCCCUGAGCCCUCUUCUGAAUUUAUAGCCAUGCCUUCCCUUUGUUCCUUGUCUUGUUGUUGAUGUUACCUGAUGUUGCCUUCUUCAUGUUACUUCCCAGAUGUUGUCUCCAUGCCACGUUCCUUGACUCCAAGCCUUGUCCACGAUUCUUUCUUUGAUUUUAGUCUUUGGAUUUUCAUUUUUUGGGAUUUUCCUACCGUAUGCAGCGCCUU